GCCACCCGGGCCCCCCGCAGCCUCCGCGUCCUCCUGCCCACCGCAGCCCGCGCUCGGCCGGCCCGCACGGCCCGCCGGGGAGCGCCCGGGAGCGGGGAAACCCCGCGCCGCGCCCGCCCGAGCCGCCCCUGCCCGGCCGCGCCGCGUCCAGCCUCGGGACAAUGGGGCCGCGGCGGCUGCUGCUCGUGGCCGCGGGGCUCAGUCUGUGCGGCCCGCUGCUGUGCGCCCGCGUCCGGAGCCACAAGCCAGAGUCAACAAAGCCCCUUGCAACGAUUGAUCCCCGCUCAUUUAUAUUCCGGAAUCCCGAUGAUCAGUAUGAAUCUAUCCCCCUGGAAGCCUAUGAGGAGAAAAAUGAGAGCAGGUUUCCAGCCAGAAUGAGUUUCAAUAUAAGCAAUGCUCUCGGGAAAGAGCCAGCUGCCUCCCUCUCCAAGGCCGCCUCGGGGUACCUCACCAGUGCCUGGCUCACACGCUUCAUCCCCUCCGUCUACACUGCCGUGUUCGCCAUCAGCCUCCCUCUGAACGUCAUGGCCAUCGUGGUGUUCGUCCUGAAAAUGAAGGUCCAGAAGCCUGCGGUGGUGUACAUGCUACACCUGGCCACGGCCGACGUGCUCUUUGUGUGUGUGCUCCCCUUCAAGAUCAGCUACUACUUCUCGGGAAGUGAUUGGAAGUUCGGGUCCGAGAUGUGCCGCUUCGUCACGGCCGCCUUCUACUGCAACAUGUACGCCUCCAUCCUGCUCAUGACCGUCAUCAGCAUCGACCGCUUUCUGGCCGUGGUGUACCCCAUGCAGUCCCUCUCCUGGCGCACGCUGGGCAGGGCCUCCUUCACCUGCGUGGCCAUCUGGGCUGUGGCCGUGGCGGGGGUGGUGCCGCUGCUCCUCAAGGAACAGACUCUCAAGGUCCCGGGACUCAACAUCACCACCUGCCACGAUGUGCUCAGCAAAUCCGUACUCGAGGGCUAUUACACCUAUUACUUCUCUGCCUUCUCCGCUAUCUUCUUUUUCGUGCCGCUGAUCAUUUCCUCCAUCUGUUACGUGUCUAUCAUUCGCUGCCUGAGCUCUUCCACGGUUGCCAACCGGACCAAGAAGUCCCGCGCCUUGUUCUUGUCGGCUGCUGUCUUCUGCAUCUUCAUCGUCUGCUUUGGACCCACCAACAUCCUCCUGAUUCUGCAUUACGCCUUCUUCUCUCCGCAUGCCACCACGGAGACUGCCUACUUUGCCUACCUCCUGUGUGUCUGUGUGAGCAGCAUCAGCUGUUGCAUCGAUCCCUUGGUUUACUAUUAUGCUUCCUCCGAUUGCCAGAGGUACCUCUACAGUAUCUUAUGCUGCAAAGAGAGUUCUGACCCUAGCAGUUACAACAGCAGCGGUCAGCUGAUGGCUAGUAAGAUGGAUACCUGCUCUAGUAAUCUGAAUAACAGCAUUUACAAGAAGCUGUUAACUUAGGAAAUGGCUCUGCUGGUGAGUUAGAAAGAGGAGACUGUGGAGGGAGAAAUGAAUUAUGAAGAUUCUGUUAGUCUCUGCCAAAAAAAAAAAGUAUUUGCUUCACCACCUAUAACAGCAAAUAUAUGUUGUGCAUGCCUCCAAUAAGCAUAUAUAGUCAUGAGUUACAGGAAAACAUAGCAGCUAUAGAAAAGCAGAGAGGAUUGCCAAUGCCACCGUAAUCGCUCAUACCAUUUCUGAUAUACUUAGGUGCUUAUUUUCUAUAUAAAUGUGAUUUAUAAAUAGAUGUAUAUAUACAUUCGUAUUGUUUGCAUUGCAGUUUAGACCAGGCACUUUGCCACCCUCUUAUUUUCCCUCACGGUUGUAGGAAAAAAACUCUGAUUCUCUGAUUUCAUACACAGAGUUUAAGUUGGUGAAGUUUAACAUCUGAAAAUGCUAAUCAGUAAGGAGGGAUUCUGUAGCUUGGACUCAUGUAGCUUUUGCAAACAUGUAUUUUGAAAGGCUUCAGCGGUAGUGUUUAAGUUAUUGAGGGAGAAGACAAUACCUUUUGCAGAAAAACAUAUGCUAUUUUUCAUUUUAAAUAUAACAAAGAUUGAGUUCUUAAAAUUAUGAACACAGGAUAUGGAGAGCAUUUUUUGCUAUUUUACACAGUGUAUAUAGAACAAAGCAUCCAUCUCAGGGGGGGACCUUAGGUUGACUUUCAUAGUAAGUCACCCCUGGAAGAAAGAGUCCAAGCAAGGGGCCCAAGGCAGGGCCGUGUGGGACCCCUCACUGGAGCCUCCCAGCAAGCAGGACAUCCGGACCCCCCACAGCAACUUAUUCCUUCUGGGGGAGCCCCACCAGAGCUGACUCUGAGUGGAUGAUGCUUUUUAGAACUUGUCGAAACAGGCGGCAGUUUUCUAGAAGAUGGCAAGUAUAGAAAGACCCAACUGAAUGACUAUAAAAUGACCCACUUCUGAGACUGGAGAGAGGAGCACUUCCAUUUCCAGCAGUUUUCCUGCAGCCCUUCAAAUGGACACCUGCCACGUGAUAUCUUGCUCCCCUGAAGGCCCACCCUCAUCGGAAUAUUCCUCACCCUCAUUGGCGUGGAAUAAGGUGCAGAGCUGCUCUCAUGAGGAGCCAGCGUCCAGUGGAACCCUGAGAUGAACACAAUGAAUGUUAUUCGAAAGAAAUGUUUUUAGCCAGAUGCCCGAAUGCAUAUUUCAGACCUCUUGACCUGACAGUUGACAGUUUUGAACAUGUGGAUUAUGGCUUCCUGUGAUUUUAACCGGAGAAGAAAAGACAAUUUAAGAACUGUGUCUAAAAUUUAGCCAGGGCCCGGAGUGAUGGUACAGAGGGUAGGAUGUUUGCCUUGCAUGCACUCCACCCGGGUUUCACCUCAGCAUCCCAUAUGGUUCUGCCAAGCACCACCAGGAGUAAUUCCUGAGUGCAGAGUCAGGAGUAACCCCUGAACAUUGCUGGAUAUGACUCCCGCCCCCCCAAAAAGCCAUAAAAUUUAGUCAUUUUACACCUAGAUUUAAUGAAUGCUAUUUGUUUAUAAAUGGUUAUGAGUGGUUUGAGGAUCACUCAAAUGAGGAUUUUUUUAAAAAUCACUUAUGUCAAUCUGAUUAAAAGUAAUAGUAGAAAAUUGAAUUUGAAAUCUACAAAAAUUAUCCUGUAUUUUGGUCAGGUAUAGUUGGUAAAGUACUUGCCUUGCAUGUGCCUGUCCCUGGUUAGAUCUCUGGCAUUGCAUAUGGUCCCCCAGCAGUGCCAAGGGGCAGUCGUUGUAGGGCAUGGCUAGGUGUGGUCCAAACCCUGCCCCCCUCCCCAAAUAAAAGAAAAUUAGUUUAUACUUUUUUUUUAUACUUUUUAUUUAGCUUUAUUAAGAAUGAUGAGAUCGGGGCUGGAGCCAUAGUACAGCAGUUAGGGUGUUUGCCUUGCACACAGCCAACCUGGGUUCAAUUCCCAGCAUCCCAUAUGGUCCCCUGAGCACCACCCGCAGUAAUUUCUGAGUGCAGAGCCAGGAGUAACCCCUGUGCAUUGUCAGGUAUGACCCAAAAAGAAAAAAAAAGAAUGAUGAGAUCAUUUGAAGAACAUUUUUUAACCUAAGAUAGUAUCCUCAUGUAUUUAACAAAUAAUUUGAAAACUAGAUGGACAAGCAAGAGAGGUUAAGGUGCUUGCCUUGCACAUACUGUCCCUGGUUCUUCCUGAGCAUCACAUAUGGUCCCCUGAGCUCCACCAAGAGUGAUUUCUGAGUGAGAGCCAGGAGUAAGCCCUGAGCACCAUUGGAGGUACCUUAACCUGCCCAACUCCUCCCCCAAAUAAUAAAAGGUGAAAAAGAAAAUCAGAUUCAAUUAAAUCUUUUUAAGCAGACAAAACUGGUGAAAACUUGCAAGGCAACUAUUUAUUUAAAAGAGCAAACUAUUUCCAGCUACCAUAAAAUAAUUUACGUAAAAGUAUGAACCAUAAAUAGGACAUAUCUUUGAUUUAAAAAAAUACACUUCACUUUAUCCAACUCUGGAGAUUUAUUAUUAUUUAGUUCUUCGUGUUAAAAUACCUCUAACUUAAUAUGGCUAUUACUACUGUACUGUCAGUCUGUACCUAUAAAAUACGAUGUCACUGUUUUUAUGAAAUGUAUGUAACUUGUAUUAAUAAACAUGAAAGAAAAAAUAAUAAAUAAACAAAAUAAACAACA